AUGCUGAUUUCUCUGACUGUUGGGAAGGUCGAUGCUGGCGUCGCUGUCCUCCUGACUGAAGACAAUCGACUUAUCGAAUUUCCGUCUGUUCUCCUGCCAAAAAAUAUAGCAUCAGGCAGCAUCGUUGAUAUAACAGUGUCGCGCAACCUGGCCGCGGAAGCUGCAAGUGUUUCCACUUUCCAAUCCCUGCAAAAGCGUAUCCUGCAAACCUAUGGCAUCCAUACACCGUCUGCACCUGUCCUCCGCCUCAGAAAUGCGACUCAAACAUCCCUUGUUCUUGAAUGGGACCCAAUCAACUUAGCCACCGCGUCCCUCAAGUCGCUGUCCUUAUACCGCAAUGACUCCAAGGCUGGUUCGAUUCCAAGACCAAAGGAGAUGCUUAGCACCAAAAUCAGCGGCCUUGCAAUUGACACAGAGUACACUUUCCACCUCGUUCUCCGCACUUCUGCGGGCACUUUUAGUUCAGAGAAACUGGUUUGCCGUACGCACAAGAUGACCGAUUUAUCAGGAAUCACUAUUACUCCCGGCGUUCUACCCCAGAGUUUAAGGACAUCGCUCGAAGAAGCUGUUGAUCGGAUUGGCGCCAAACUCAUCGACACAGUGCGCAUAGACACCACCCACUUCGUCUGUACGGAAGGCAGAGGUGCAGCCUGGGAAAAGGCUGUUGAAAUGAAUAUUCCAGUUGUCCGACCAGAGUGGGUAGACGGAUGCGAGCGAGAAGGUACCAUUGUUAGCGUACGCGGGUACUACUUGAACGCGGAUCCAAAAUUGAGGCAAAUAGGGCCGAGCGUCGGUGCGCAACUACAUCGCCAGCGAACCAUGUCAAACCAUAACAACUCCUCCGGUUCUGUUUCACCAGGGCGAAUAGACCGCGUAAAUUCAGCUUCCCGAUCGCAACAACAGCCAACCGAGAAGGAACUCCCCAGCCCGCCGUUGCCUGGUAGUGAGGCAAACGGACCAUCGCAUGGACAAGAAUCAGAUACUGAAGAUGGAAAUAAUAACGCAAUUCAGUCUGCGCCACAGCCGCUGGCUAAAGACGAAAAAGAGAACAUUAAACCAAGACAAAAAGAUGCGGGAUCGCCUGUCAAUGAAAGGGAAGCGCCUCCUGCAUAUGGCGAUACAGAGGCGGACUAUGAGAGUGACACAGCAGGAUCCUCAAAUGGUGACUUGGCAGAUAAGACAUAUCCUCAAUCGCAACGAAAUCCGGCUCCUAAUGACAAAAAGACGAACGGAGCUGGGGGGGAAGGUGAGCUGGAUGAGGUUCCUCUUUAA